AGAAAGGAGAUGACAUUGGCAUCUGACAAAUGACAAACCAGCUACUUUCAAAAUGUAACACACCAUUGGAGCGUCUACUUAACUUCCUCUAACAGAGCGCGUGGGAUACCAAAUUUUAUUUUAACUAUACUCACUUGCUUGCCCUUCAAUGAAAGUUGAAAGCUUUCCAUUUUUACAUGGCUUACCUCAUCACAUCAUCCUUAAUUUCUCACUAACUCAAUCAUUAGCCGCAACCCAAAAUAACCAAAUACCAAAUCUCAAUUCAUUUUUUUCUUCUUACAUUUCUCUACAACUCUUAUCUUCUUCUUUAUCUAAAUCUACCUUCUUGUUCCUGAUUGGGGUUCUUCUGCAACUGGGAAAUACUACUUCAUUUGAUGGAUUGGAUUAUUAGGCAGAGUUCCUUUAAACUAAGCAAAAGUUGUUGAAGUACACCAAUAUGGCCACACCAGAGAAGCAACUGCAGCCAAUUUGAUUUGUCAAAAUGUGAAUUUUUGUUUCUUUUAGGAGAAAAAAGAGUAUGGAUUGAAACUAAAUCAGGAGAGGAUAUUAUUCAGCUCGGGUUUCAUCUACCGCCAUGAGUCAUCAAAGUAUUGUUUCAAUGACACAAGGAGAGGCUUCCAAAGAAGUCUCAAGCUCAUAUUGCAUUCCUUUAUGUCCAGGGCAGAGUUUAUUGGGUGGUGAAUGUUCAUCUUCACUUUCAUCGCCGUUCAUACGCACACAGUCUCUUAGUUCUCCUAUACAUCCUCCUAAGUACAGUUUUGGAUCUAGUUCUAGUAGUACUCCUAUGUCUCCUGGUUCUCAUGUUGAGCAUACUAAGAGUUCAUUUUCGCGGUCUUCUGUCUUCUGCACUAGUUUAUACCAGUCUUCAAUGAGCUCAGAAACACAAAGGCAUCUUGGGAAUUUGCCUUUUCUUCCACCUCCAUCGUGUAACCAGUCGGUUUCUGCUGUUGCAUCAACAAGUUCUCCAUUGCUUUUCAGUGGAGAUUUAAGCAAUCAAUUUGAUGAGGACCAAUCUGAUUCAGCAGAAGCUCUCAUGAAAGACUUUCUUAAUUUAUCUGGGGAUGCAUCUCAUCAUUCUCACAGUAACUUUCAUGGUCUGAGCUGUGCAAGUGAUAGUGUAGCAUUCACUGAUAACUUGGAAUUGCAAUAUUUGACUGAUGAACUUGACUUUGGUAUCUCUGACCACGCAGAAACUCCCAGAGUUGAUGAAAUAUAUGAGACUUCACCAAAACCAUCCAUAGGAUUGAUGUCUGAUGACGGUUUUCGCUCAACGGCUCCACCUGUAGACGCCCUUUUAAACGUCCCAUCUCCUGGACCUGCUGCUCUACAUAAACCCCGAAUGCGAUGGACGCCUGAACUCCACGAGCGAUUUGUAGAGGCUGUUAACAAGCUUGAUGGAGCUGAAAAGGCUACUCCAAAGGGUGUAUUAAAGGUUAUGAAAGUUGAAGGCUUAACAAUUUACCAUGUUAAAAGUCACUUACAGAAAUACCGACUUGCCAAGUAUAUCCCAGAGAAAAAGGAAGAGAAGAAGGAUUCUGCUGGCCUUGAAGAAAAGAAAACACCAUUAAGUAGCUUCGAAAUCGAUAGCAAGAGAAAAGGGAGUAUUCAAAUCACCGAGGCUCUUCGAAUGCAAAUGGAAGUUCAGAAACAAUUACAUGAGCAGCUUGAGGUUCAAAGGGCUCUUCAAUUGCGCAUAGAGGAGCACGCGAGAUACUUGCAAAAGAUCUUAGAAGAACAGCAGAAAGCUGGUAGUGCCUUGGUUUCCUCUCAAGCUUUGUCAUCAUUGAGUAGCCCGAGCUGUGAAGAGUCUCACCAACAGCCUUCCCCUUGUGCUGUUGUAUCAUCAAGCCAACAACUAGACUCUAAAACCGACUCUGCAUCGUCCUCUCCCCCAUUCAACAAGCACAAAUCUACUCAAAGUAGUCAUGAUUGUGAUCCAAAACAAAGUAACAAACGAAUCCGUCUUCAUGAUGAUGAUGAUGAUUGUUGAAAAUUCUCAAUUGUAUGUUAUGUGAGCUUUUUGUAUAUCAUUGAGUUAGCCAAAUUUGUAGUAUAUUUGUUUUAGUUUUGGUAUUAGUUUUUGACUCUUUAAGCAAUUUGAUUGAUAGAUAUGAAAAACUGUUAUCUUAUCUUUCGUUUCAAA